AUGACCAGCUGUUUCGUCUUGUCUAUGUUUUGGGCUUCCGACAGAAUACUGGAAAUUCCCUCUUUAAUGGGCUUGUUUGUACAAGGGAAGUUGAGGGUCUCGUACAGAGACAAGGGCGAUGUCUUGCUCGAAGAUAAUUUGGAAUCGAAAAAUCCACAUCAGCUGUUUUCUAUAUGGUUCAAAAAAGCGUCGGAACGCGAUGACGUGAGACAGCCCAACGCUGCUUGUUUGGCCACGGCUACUAAGUCUGGUAUUCCGUCGGCUAGAUUUGUUUUACUUAAAGCUUUCGGCGAAUCGGGUUACACGUUUUUUACAAACUCAGAGAGCCGCAAGGGCCGAGAAAUCGAAGAAAACCCGGUAGCAGCCAUGACGAUAUAUUGGGACGCGUUAGACCGAUCAGUACGAAUUGAAGGAGCUGUGGAGAAAAUCGAUGAAACUGAGUCCACUGAAUAUUUCGAUACGCGACCGAAAAGCAGCCAAAUCGGUGCUCAUGUGAGUCGGCAGAGCACAGUAAUUAGCAGCAGAGAAGCACUUUCCAAACAAAAUGAAAAGCUCGAAGUUGAGUUCGCCGAAAAACAAGUGCCCAGACCGUCUUAUUGGAACGGCUACAAAAUAAUUCCCAAAACGAUGGAGUUUUGGCAAGGGCAGAGUGACAGGCUGCACGAUCGCAUCGUCUUCGAAAGGGCCGAGAACGCGGCCGAAAAGCAAAUCGCCAGUCACGCCGGUGAAAACGGUUGGGUAUUUUACCGUCUCUCGCCGUAA